AAACACUUUUGCAUAGCACCCAUUCGGAGCCAGCAAAGCUCUGUCCGACUCAAUAGAGGCACCUUCAUGGCAUGGAGCUCCGUCGUGCAAAACAACGCCGCCGGAUCAACUUCCGUGUGGAGGAGUACAGCACUGAGGAGUGCGAAUUCACCGAGAAGUUGGUGAAGUCCCUUCACGACGGCUGGAGCAAGCGUCCGACAGCUUGGACCCGGCUAUUGACGCUAGAGCGCGACGAACGGACAUUUCAGUCGGAAGGUCUCAGCCGCGGCACAGAGUCGUUGAGCGAUCGUCGGUGCAGCAGCAGCCGAUCCCAACGCAUCUCGUGCGAAGAGCAGACCACCAUGAAGACUAUGCCUUCCAGACCCCGCACCACCCAGGCUGCCCCUGGCUGGUCCCUGAGAUAUUGCGAGCUGCUGGGUGUGGGACCAACUCCGUCGCAGCGGAGGGUGACGCGGCGUGACGCUGUGACAGCUUUACCUUUGCCAGUGGAGCGCUUCAGAGACGCGCUCGAGAGGGCGCGCUCGUCGGAAAACUCUGUCUUCUUGGCAUCACGGUCAAGGGGCCGCCGCGACCAGCGCUUGAACAAGUUUGAAACAUUUCAAAGGCAGGAAAGCAGGUUGAAGGGUCGUCGCAGGGCAGUUCAAGCAGAUGUGAUGGGGCAGACACGAAGAUGUAUCAACCUGGCUUUCAAGUACAUGCAGAUGAACCACACAGAGCGCAUCGAUUACUUGAAGAAACUGUUCGACACAAAGCUAUCAAAGGGUGGCAGUGUGAACCGUCCUGACCAGUAUGGCAUUUCCAACGAGGAGCUCAAAGGUUUAGCACUGAAGAUGGGUUUGCCAGAGCAGGAGGUUAGCCAUUUGGACGUGCAAUUCCGGCACUAUGAUUUCGAUGGCUCCGGCACUUUAGAUUUGGAGGAGGUGAGGAAUAUCCUGGCAGAUAUCGGCCUCACCCCGCAAAAUCGUGAGGAGAAGUGCGAGGUCACCGAAUGCAUCAACGAGAAGACUCAGAAGAUGGGCUGCGAGGAGUUCGAAUUUGAAGGCUUUUUGGACCUUCUUAAGUCUGUGAGGGAGCGUUUGAAGCAGGUGCAGAGCAUCAAAUGCUGGCGGCUCUUCCAUGAGGCAGACAUCCUUGGGGUAGACAGCCUGGAGAUGCUGAAGAUCUUUUCGCUUCUGGAGAACAAGCUUGGUUUCUUCUUGCGCUCACAAGAAGAACACUCAGAGGCUGUGAACAUUUUCGCGUCGUGUGACGCGGAUUGUGAUGGUUGUUUGAACCUGGACGAGUUUCAAGCUUUUGUCCAAAAGGUAAGAGCCAAGUUGCUGACGCUUCGUCGGCGAGAAGAAGUCCAGAUUGCAAAGAAGUUUGAUUUGGAGCCCGAGAUUCUGCACGAGUUUCGCUCAAAUUUGCCGUUCUUGUGGAAGAUUUUCGAGCGCUACUCCUUCAACAAGCCGGACCAAGGUGUGCGCAAGGAAGACCUUUUGCCAUACAUGGUGGAUAUCGGCCUGGCUCCAUCCAAUACUGAAGAGCCUCAGUGUCUUCCAUUGAUUGACAUCAUCACAGAGUUUGCCCGGCCUUACACCAAGUUCCCUGCCUUGCUGGACAUCAUGCAGAAGGGGCGUUUGGCGGUCCGUGCCAGUCUGGAAGAGGACUUAACAGCUAGCUUCCGGUACUACGAUCGGGACGGAAGCGGGCAACUGAGCAUGCAAGAAAUCUACGGAAUUCUCGAGGAGUUUGGAAUGCUUCCACGGAGCAAAGCGGAGCAGCAGGAGGUGGGGCUCGUCAUAGAGCAGUUGGAUCGAGAUGGAUCUGGUGCUUUUGAUCUCUUCGAGUUUCAUGAUUUUUUUCAGAUGAUGAUCGAGCAAGGGCGGCUAACUGAGCGCAAGAACGAGCAUGAGGCUGCAAUCAGCCUCAACUUCUCUGAAGAAAACUUUGCAUACCUCCGGAGGACUUGGAUGUCACUGAAGCCUCGAAUGGAUGGGACUGUGACGCAGAUGAACCUGGCCCAUUCCUUGGUGCACCUCUUGCAACUCUUGAAUCCUGGUGGCCUUUCUUCUGAUGAGCCAGUGCGGAACUACAUGCGCUCUGUGCAGCAGGCUCCCGACAUCGCCAUCAAUUUUGUUGGCUUCCUGAACACUGUGCGACAUGUAAUGGCCAGCGCAGAAGAGGAAGUUGAUGAUGCCAAAGGAGAUCGAGGAGAAAAGAAAAAGACUGCCAGCUACACUUCAUGACAGGAUUAGAGCAUCCGCACCUGAAGCUGCCCAAGGCAGAGAGGUAGAAUGAGGACAGUCCCCACUCGACGGAAAGAGUGAUUUGG